GAUGACCCUCUUCUCCAUCAAGAGCAACCAUCCGGGCCUCCUGAGCGAGAAAGCGGCCAGCAAGAUCAACGAGACCAUGUUACGCCUCGGGAUCUUUGGCUUCCUGGCCUUUGGCUUCGUCUUCAUCACGUUCGGCUGCCACUUCUACGACUUCUUCAACCAGGCCGAGUGGGAGCGCAGCUUCCGGGAAUACGUGCUGUGUGAGGCCAACGUGACGAUCGCCACCCAGACCAACAAGCCCAUCCCGGAUUGCGAGAUCAAGAACCGGCCCAGCCUCCUGGUGGAAAAGAUCAACCUCUUCGCCAUGUUUGGCACUGGCAUCUCCAUGAGCACCUGGGUGUGGACCAAGGCGACGCUGCUCAUCUGGAAGCGCACCUGGUGCAGGCUGACCGGCCGUAGCAGCAACGAGCCCAAGAGGAUCAAGAAAAGCAAGAUGAUCGCCAAAGCUUUCUCCAGGAGGAAGGAGCUGCAGCACAACCCCGAGCAGGAACUUUCCUUCAGCCUGCGCACCGUCUCGCACGAGGGACCCGUCGCCGGUUUGGCGUUCGACAUCAGCGAGCCUUCGGGGGACAUGAGCUCAGCUUGGGCGCAACAUGUGACCAAGAUGGUGGCCAGGAGAGGAGCCAUCCUCUCUCAGGAUGUCUCUGUCACCCCUGUAGCCACACCAGUGCCGCCCGAGGAAAGGGCCAGUCAUUGGCUGAGAGAGGGUGAGUUCUCCUCCCGGCGGGCCAAGAAAACAACCCGGAAGAAAAAGAAGCACAGGAAGAGGAAGGAGGUUUGCCCCUCCGGGACGGCGGCUGAGACUUGCGCCCCGAAUUACUUCGCCCCGGGGGGCCCCAGCUCCGUCCCGCGCCUGCCCCGGCUCCCCCAAACCAAGUGUUUUGUCGCCGACCCGCAGCAAAACCAAGCUCUGGAUGACGUCCUUUGGUCUCGAGCGGACCCCGAGUGGAGACCCCGAGCCCCCCCACAGCGGGAGGCCCCCCUGGCCAGGCUGCCCCGGGACCUGCCCCUCGGCAGCUGCCGGCGUAACAACCCCCCGGAUCUCAUCAACCACCCCUUUUGCCCCGAUUUCGGGGGUCCCGAGGAAACGGGACCGGGAGGUGGAGCGUGGCUGUUCCCCGGACAGCAGCCGUCGCGUUUUCGGGGGGCUGCUUUCUCCGCUCCCCCCAGGAGCUCUGCAGCUUUGUUCCCAAGCGGUGACCUAUACGGGGUGCAGCCGCCUCGGGGCAGAUGGGGUGGGUUGCCUCCCAUCCAUUCCCGGACAAACCUGAUGGAUGCUGAGUUGGUGGACCUGGACUCCGACUUCUAGAAGGCUCGGCUUGGAGGUCGAUCAGCCGUGGGGGGGGUUGGGAGAAAGAGGGGGAAGGGGCUGCCCCUUGGGGACCUCACCAGGGGUUCUUCUACCCCCAACGCCUUCGAGGAGACCGAGAGAGAUUAUUGGAAGAGUCUGUCUUUGGGCGCCUUCUGAAGACCAUCCUUCCUUCCUUCCCCCCACCUCUUCAUCUUGCGGACCUCUGCAAGAAGACCAAGGGUGGGAUUGUCCUUCUUGUUUUGGUAUGUGAGGAGAACCUCAAGAGCGUUUCUAGCGUCCGGAAUGAGGAAAACACUGCAUCACCAUUUACACCCCCGGCACUGAUGAUGCUACCUAGGUGGGUCAUGAAACGUCUGUAAGGAAACCACCAAGCUCAGAGACCAUCA